CGCAGAAAAGGGUAUUUAGAUAAUCUAGCUGUGAAAGAAUUAGUUAAUUAAAAAAAGACUAAAUAAACUGGUGCACUUUAACAUGUACUCAAACAAAGUUGAAGGACCACGUAGAGGGAGAUCCUUUGAUUCCAUGAACAUCGGCUUUGAUGAAAAACUGCUGAACAAUGAGAUAAAUAAAUCAACUUUCACAAAAAUUGAAGAAAACACUGAAAAGAAGAAUACAUCAGAGAAAGAAAGAGCAACAAUCAUCUUUUCCCUCAAGAAUGAAGUGGGAGGACUUGUAAAGGCACUUAAACUUUUCCAAGAAAACCAUGUCAAUCUUGUACACAUUGAGUCCAGAAAAUCCAAAAGACGCAACUCUGAGUUUGAGAUUUUUGUGGACUGCGACAGCAACCAUGAACAACUGAAUGAAAUCAUCCAGCUGCUUCAAAAGCAUGUGAAUGUGGUGGACAUGGACCCUCCAGAUAACUCCUGUCUACAAGAGGAAGAUAUGUAUGAGGUACCUUGGUUUCCAAAGAAAAUUGCAGACUUGGACAAAUGUGCAAACCGUGUCCUGAUGUAUGGCUCUGAACUGGAUGCUGACCAUCCGGGUUUCAAGGACAAUGUUUACCGGAAAAGGCGAAAGUACUUUGCUGAUCUUGCCAUGGCUUACAAACAUGGGGACCCCAUCCCUUGUAUUGAAUUUACAGAGGAAGAAGUGAAGACUUGGGGAGUUGUGUACAGGGAGCUCAACAAGUUGUAUCCUACCCAUGCCUGCCGGGAAUACUUGAAGAACCUGCCACUGUUGUCCAAAUACUGUGAAUGUCGGGAGGACAAUAUCCCUCAGCUGGAAGAUGUCUCACGCUUCCUUAGAGAACGAACUGGAUUUACCAUCAGACCUGUGGCAGGUUAUCUGUCCCCACGUGACUUCCUAGCUGGUUUGGCCUUCCGUGUUUUCCACUGUACCCAGUAUGUCCGACACAGUUCCGAUCCCUUAUACACCCCAGAACCGGACACAUGCCAUGAGCUGCUGGGUCACGUGCCACUGCUAGCAGAGCCCAGCUUUGCCCAGUUUUCUCAGGAGAUUGGUCUUGCUUCACUUGGAGCCUCAGACGACUCAGUUCAGAAAUUGGCCACGUGCUACUUCUUCACAGUGGAGUUUGGCCUAUGCAAACAAGAGGGGCAGCUGCGGGCAUAUGGAGCUGGGCUGCUGUCAUCUAUCAGUGAGCUUAAGCAUGCACUCUCUGGUAAUGCAAGGAUAAUGCCUUUUGACCCAAAAGUUACAUCCAAGCAAGAAUGCAUCAUCACAACAUUUCAGGAUGUCUACUUUGUGUCAGACAGCUUUGAGGAGGCCAAAGUCAAGAUGAGGGAGUUUGCCAAGACCAUCAAGCGUCCCUUCACAGUCCGAUACAACCCCUACACCCAGAGUGUGGAUGUGCUGAAGGACACUCCCAGCAUCAACAGUGUGGUGGAGGAGCUCCGACAUGAGCUUGAUAUUGUCGGUGACGCACUCAACCGGCUGAACAAACAGCUGGGUGUCUGACUAGUCACAGUUCAUCUGACAUAAUGAUCUACAGCCCUUCCAUGCUUGCCAUGUCAUCCCCAGCACUGCUGUAGAUAUAUUGCUUGUGUUUUGUCCUUCGUCAGUACAUUGAUUGUGCAUUACUCUAUGACAAAAUGCUCUGUUGUCUUCACUGUAUUGUAUAUGGCUGAUGCUAUUUAAUAGGUGCAGUAAGUAUGUUUAGCCCUUAAUGUCAGUAUGUUUCACAAACCCAAAGAACUGCUUAAUCUGAGGCACUAUUUUGCUUCCAUUGUACCUGGAUUGUACUGGACUCUGUAUUGCAAACAAUCAACAUUCUUUCAUGGAACUUCAGUACACUUUUAUAACACCCCUAGCUGUUACAAACACUCCUGUGGUUUCUUCCUUGUCCUGUCAGCUGCUGUUGUGUAUGAUCAUGUGACUUUUUUGUAUUUAAUUUCAUUCUUCUUUACAUUUAUUCACCUUCAUUUCAGUGAUAUUUAUAAGAAAUGUACCUUGUAUUUAUUCUUUUGGCAUAUGUAUCAUGUUCUCUUUUGUGUGCUGUUGAAAAGAAAUUAUGAAAGUGAAAACUUUAAAUAACUAGUGUUAUAAGGAUGCUUUCAUAAUUAUGACAGAUUUGGCCCAUGUUUUCAGUUUAUUUUACAGUGAUGAUUUUGAAUACCUCCUCUCGAAGUGGAUAUAACUGUAGUACUCUGGAAAUCAAAACAUUAUUUUUCUACUGUAAAGAAAUAUAGAAAUUAGCAAUAGAUUAUGUA